ACUAGUGAACCAAACCUUGUUGAUGCCAAAUACGUCUCGUAUGUUUACGACGGAGCCAUAUUAAUCACCGAUUUCUUGGAUGGAAGGGUAGUUCAAUAUGAACGAAGUGGCUUACCAAAGAGAACAUUUUUGACAAGCGAGUAUUCCGAGCCUUGUGCAGCAGUAAUGACGCCAGAAGGUAACGUGGCCGUAACGCUGCGACGUCAACGUUGCGUGACGGUGUGGACAACAGAUGGUCACUGUUUAGGAGAAUUUGGGCAAGAUCUACUGCAAUGUCCAACUGGAUUAGGAGUGGAUACAUCAGGCAGACUUUACGUCAGUGAUGAGGAGGAGAAUGACGUAUACGUGUUUCACAAAACAGGGAGGAUUUCACACAGAUUUUCGGAUACCAUGAAAACGACACUGUGUCAACCUCGAUAUGUGUGGUGCUCUCGCUCUGACCGUGUGUUAGUAUCUGAUUCUGGGAACCAUUGUGUGAAGGUUUUCAACACUCAAGGAAAGCUUCUUUUCCAUUUUGGAUCUUAUGGAAAUAAAGAUGACCAGUUCAAAUUCCCAUACGGAGUGUGUGCAGACCAAGAUGACAACAUCAUUGUUGCCGAUCACUAUAAUGACCGAGUGGUUUUGUUUUCUCCUUGCGGUGAAUUCCUACAGAAUCUUGUCACCUCGGCCAAAGGCCUGAAUAGGCCAUGUGGUGUUGCAGUAAGAUCAUCACACACCAGAAAACUCUACAUCACACACGGGGACCUCAUGUCGUUGGAGGUGGUUGUAUUCAAUAUGGUCCCAUUAGAGUAUCACAUCCAAGUAGAUAUGGAACAAAAUGUUUAAAAUUGAGUUGUUCCGAGCGAAGAAUGAAACUACAUUGUAGUUAUCUAGACUUACCCGCUAGACUUGCAUGGGCUGAACUGAAUAUAUGUCUUCCAGGGUCUGUAUGACAAACUAAAGUACUGUCGGAAA